AGACACCAGUGUGCAGUGACAGUCUGUGCGUUGUUCUCCUCUGCUCUGGAUGGUACUGGGAUGUAUUUUGGAAGGGGGGUCGGGCAGCAGCGACCCACCAGCAUUACCGCCACUGAGCCUGACAUGAAUGACAAGUAAAGGGGCUCUUCCAAGCGAGCAAACAGCACAGGAAUGUGCACAAGUCUGCCGGGCUGCACUCAGCCUUAUCAAAGCGACAUUUUGGACCUUUUGGACCUACCUCGGUUUGUUUGCAAACACCCAAACCCAGCAGAGAAGACCCCAGAGAGCCCUGUUAUUUUAUGUUUUUAAUUUUUUAUUUCUUUUUUGUUGCAUUUUUUUAAAGAAGGGAGUGGGGUUUGUUGGGGGUGUUUUUCUUUUGUCAAGCGUGAACAAGACAAACUUCUACCAUGGCACUGGUGAUGGAGCCUGUGAGCAAGUGGAGCUCCAGCCAAGUGGUGGACUGGAUGAAAGGCCUGGACGACUGCCUGCAGCAGUACAUCAAGACCUUCGAGAGGGAGAAAGUAGGGGGGGACCAGCUGCUGCGUAUCACCCACCAGGAGCUGGAAGACUUGGGAGUGUCCAGAAUCGGCCACCAGGAGCUCAUUCUGGAGGCUGUGGACUUACUUUGUGCUCUGAAUUACGGUCUGGAGACGGAGAAUUUGAAGACUCUUUCUCAUAAGCUGAAUGCAUCUGCCAAGAACCUGCAGAACUUCAUCACAGGCCGGCGGCGCAGCGGCCACUAUGACGGCCGAGCCACGCGGAAGCUGCCCAACGACUUCCUGACCUCGGUGGUGGACCUGAUCGCUGCAGCCAAAAGCCUUCUGGCCUGGCUGGACAGGUGCUCAUUCUUUUUCAGGUCUCCAUUUGCUGCAGUGGCAGAUUACUCUGUGACCAGAAACAACGUGAUCCAGCUCUGUCUGGAGCUCACUACCAUCGUACAACAGGACUGCUCUGUGUACGAAACGGAAAACAAAAUCCUGCAUGUGUGUAAAACUCUGUCUGAGGUGUGCGACCACAUCAUCUCUCUGUCCUCUGAUCCCAUGGUGUCCCAGGCCGCACAUUUGGAGGUUGUGCAGCUUGCCAACAUAAAAUCCACAGAGGGACUGGGCAUGUACAUCAAAUCAACAUACGACGGUUUGCAUGUAAUCACUGGAACAACAGAAGGAUCUCUGGCUGACCGCUGUAAGAAAAUCCAUGCUGGAGACGAAGUCAUUCAGGUCAAUCAUCAGACAGUGGUGGGCUGGCAGCUGAAAAACUUGGUUAACUUGCUGCGUGGGGACCCUGCAGGUGUCACCCUUACCCUGAAGAAACGCCCACAGAGCACGCUCACAUCGACCCCUGCUCUGCUCAAGAACAUGAGAUGGAAACCGUUGGCUCUGCAACCAAUCUUCCCCCAGAGCCCCAGCAGCAGCGUCGCCACGCCCACCAGCACUUUAAGUACUCCAUCCAGGAGGAGUAGCUGUGCCCUGCAGGACCUCUUCAUCCCUCCUCCUCCAGCAGAACCCUACACCCCCAGGGACGAUAAGGGGAAUCUGUCUGGUGAUGAACCUCAGUCAGACAUCCAUGUGGCCGAGGGGUCCGAGUCACCGAACUCCUACCUGGACCAGGAGUGUCGGAGACGAUUUCCUCUGGUGGAAGAAGAUUCUAUACUGUACUGCUACGAGUACGACCAGAACCAGGAGGUGUCAUCGGUCCGCAGGGGGAGCACUCCCACCUAUGGCAGGCUCAGGCCCAUCUCAAUGCCGGUGGAAUACAACUGGGUGGGAGACAACGAGGACCUGGCCAAGCUGAAGAGAGAGAGCAGGAGAGAGAAUUCCCUUCUCCGCUUUGCGAGUGAGGACAAAACCCCGGGGGAGGACUUCCUGCUGGGACGCAGCCUGAGUCAGAACAGGAGGAAGACUGAGCGUGGAGCCAGCCCCACCCACUACACCCUGGUCCCCGCCCUGCAGAUGGAGGUCUCCCUGUCCACAUCCAGCUCCGACUCUGCCUCUCUCUACCAUGUUUUUGAACGCUCCUCACUGAUGUCACGGUCAAAGAAGAAGAGUAAAGCUGGAAGUCCCAUGUCUUCAAUCAGCAAGCGGCGGAUUUCCUGCAGAGACCUGGGCCAGGGGGACUGCGAGGGCUGGCUGUGGAAGAAGAAGGAUGCCAAAACGUAUUUUUCGCAGAAGUGGAAGAAGUACUGGUUCAUCCUGAAGGACACGUGCCUGUACUGGUACAUGAACGAGGAGGAUGAGAAGGCAGAGGGCUUCGUCAGCCUCCCGGAGUUCAAGAUUGAUCGCGCCACUGAGUGUAGACGGAAGUAUGCUUUCAAGGCUUGCCAUCCGAAGAUAAAGACCUUCUACUUUGCGGCGGAAAAUGUAGACGACAUGUCCCGGUGGCUGAGUCGUCUCAGCAUGGCAGUGGCAGGAUACUCGGAGCAGGAGAAAAUUCGUCAGGACCAAGAUUACUGGAGUGAGAGUGAUCAUGAGGACAUGGAGAUGCCUUCGAUGCCCAAACAGGACAGCCCUCCCCCCCCUUAUGACACCUACCCCCGAGCAUCCUCAGUGAGUCCCUACCUGGAGCCCAAACGUGGCCACCUCUCCUCCUCCGACACCUUCCAGUCGCGCUCCUCUCACGACGACUUCCACCCUGAGACUCAGGACGGCAGCAGCAGCAACAACGGCAUCUCGCCCGGGCAGAAGAAGAGCAGCCACCGAAACUCGUGGCACGACCAGAUGGAGAGCAACGCGAGGAUGCACUACCUGCAGACGUUCCCGGUGGAGGACGCGUUCUCCGAGGACAGAGACCAACUGGCCAUGGAGUACCGCAGGCAGUCCACGCUGCCCGCUCAGCGCAGCCUGCUGCAGGAACAGUACAGAGCCCUGCCUCUUCCACUCAGGUCCAGCAUUGACUCAGACGCGGGAGGGAAACCCCGCAGCUUCACGCUACCCAGGGACAGCGGGCUCCACGCUAUUUUGGCCGCCUCUGCUGCUGCAUCAGAUCAGAGGGAGCCCCAUCAUUACCAGCUGGACCGACCCAGAGGCAGCGGCCAUGGACGUGAGUGCAGGAUGCAGGCAGACUCUCUGGGAGAUUUGUACCGGGCUCUGGAGCAGACCAGCCUGUCCACCUCGGCUGACCACAGAUCAGCCAGCCGCCUGGAGUACAAGAGAUCAUUUGUUCGCCGAGUCAACGACCCGCUGCUCAAUGACAAGCUCCACCGCCUCCGGGUCCUCCACAGCUCACUUAAGAAUGUCCCUCUUCAAGACACGAACCGGUCACUGGGUUUUUUAGGGUAAGAUCAGCGUGUUGAUUUAACCUCAAACCUCUGCUUGUGCCUCACUCAGCCGGCAUCCCUUUGCUGGAAUUAAAAGGCACCAAAAACCUCCCUUUACCUGCUCGGCUCUGCUCCUCCUUUUCUUCUUCAGCCUCCUUUUUGACCUCGCUCACCGUGCAGGAGCACAAAGACUUGGUGUCCCUUUUCACUUUUCACACUGGGUGCACAGGGCUGUCACUAAAAGGCAAAACAAAGAUGUCUGGCUUAAUAUAAAAACAGGGUUUAUUACUGGCAAAUAAGCACUUUGUGUCCGUGUCAGAGACAUUCAUCGCUCACAUGCAUGGCCGCUUCCCCUCGCUUCUGUUGAAACGUUUUGAACAUUAUGCUGGAGUUGUGUACAGCCGGUCAGUCACGUCUGAUGGAGGAAUUAAAAGUUAUUUUGGAUGUACACAACAUUUUGUUAUGCAUGUCUGAUUAAAGGGUAUGAGUGUACAGGGUGUUAAGCAUAUACAUAAAUAUAUAUAUACAUAUAUAUAUUUAAUAUUACAUUACUACAACAACAGUGACUACACAAUGUUUUGGGGUACUUAUACAAAUUGUAAAUCAAGUGCUGUGCCUCAGUGAUUGUGAAUGUACAUUGUACUUUUCCAAGAGAGAUGAAAGAAGAUAUAGAAAGCAAGCUAUUCCUCAAAACAGGAGCACAAGAAUAUAACGCUUGGCAAUAAUGAACUAGUACUGUAAAUUACAAAGGAAUGAUCAGAAUAGUUGUCUAUUUUUGUAUGCAUGCCGUCUACCUAAUUGUUUGUAAAAUGGUUUUGUAUUUCUAAGUGCGUUCGGUCCGGAGAUGUCGACCCCUCCCUCCACCGCAUUGUGUUUUUAAGAUUUAUUUUUCAAUUUGCUCCUGGGAAAAGUGUUAAGAGGAAUAACUGUAUUUAUUAAGUGUUUAAUGUACAAGCAUGCUUUGUAACUAAAACACAUUACCAUGCCAUUGGAAAUUGACUGACAUUGCACAAGUGUGCCAUAUUGUAGCUACGUUACUUUUUUAUUGAAUAAAGUUUGGCAUGGGCACACGUAACUAA